AAAAUGAAAAAAGUAAAUACCAUAUGUGUUGAAUAAACCAUCUACACACUUUGAACUUAGACCCCACAAAAAAUAAAAUAAAACAAGAACGUUAGCUUAUUCUUUUUCCUUUCUCCUUCCUUGUCUAAAAAUGACACUUCUUUUUUUGGAAAAUACAUUGAAUUUAAUCCCAUCCUUAUCCCACUUGGGAAAUUAAUUAUUCUACACCUUUUCUUUAUUCAUUAUAAAUUUCAUUAUUCUAUUCUCUGUUCUUUUCUCAUACUACUUAUUUUCUUAUAAAAUUACCAGCACCCUUUUGUGCCCAAUUGAAAAUCUACAAGUUUAGAAUAAUUGAAUUUUCAUUAUAUGGCUGUUGAAUUUGUUGGUGAUUCGGAUCCGAAUCCGAUUAAGAUCCGAGAAGUAUGGGCGGAUAAUCUCGAAUCGGAAUUCGAGAUUAUACGAACUAUAAUCGAUCAGUACCCUUGUGUAUCAAUGGAUACCGAGUUCCCCGGAGUAAUUUUCCGGCAAAAUAAUCGCCGCCGGCGAUACGUGCCGCUUUUGCCGUACGAGCAGUACAAGUUAUUAAAAUUGAACGUUGAUGUAUUGAGCCUCAUUCAGGUAGGACUGACACUAUCGGACUCAAACGGAAACCUGCCGGAUUUAGGCAGCUCCGGCGGGGAUCGGUAUAUAUGGCAGUUCAACUUCAGCGAUUUCGAUCCGGCGCGUGAUCAACACGCGCCGGAUUCGAUCGAGCUGCUGCGUCGGCAGGGCGUAGAUUUCGAUAAGAACAGAGAAAUGGGGGUGAGUACCGUUCGUUUUGCUGAAUUACUGAUGUCGUCGGGGCUCGUAUGCAACGAGGCGGUAAGCUGGGUGACGUUCCACAGCGCGUACGAUUUCGGUUACCUAUUGAAAAUCCUCACGCGCCGGGAACUUCCCGGCGACUUAUCGGACUUUCUGGAAAUUCUCAGGGUGUUUUUCGGAAAUAAAAUUUAUGAUGUGAAACACUUAAUGAGGUAUUGUGAGAAAUUGUAUGGCGGUUUAGACCGGGUUUCGAAGGUGCUAGAGGUGAACCGGGCGGUCGGAAAGUGUCAUCAGGCCGGUUCAGAUAGCCUGCUGACGUGGCAUGCGUUUAAGAAAAUUAGGGAUUUGUAUUUUGUAAAUGAUGGAUUGGAAAAAUAUGGUGGGGUUUUGUUUGGAUUAGAAGUGUAUUAAUUGUGUAUGAUAGGGAAUUAAUGUUAAUUAUAUUUUCAUUUGAUACUGAA